AUGCCGGUAUGUUGAUUUGUCGUUUUUAUUAUCUUUAUUUAGGCGUAUCACUCUCAAUUCAACGAUAAUGUUGAGAGUAAGGCUGGAAACAUGGCGAUUCUCCCAAUCCGAUCUAAUUUCAAAGGUCCUGCUCCUCGUUCAGGUAUGUUGCGUUCAUUCAAAAUCAAUUUUUUUUAUUUAUUAUUUUCAGAAGCCGAUGGAGUUGAUAUAAUCGAUGAGGCAUUGUUGUAUUUCAAGCCCAACAUUUUCUUCCGGGAGUAUGACAUUAAAGGUGCAGCUGAUAGAACCCUUAUCUACUGUUUCCUUUAUAUUACUGAAUGUUUGAAACGGCUGACCAAGGUAAUUAAAGAAGAUGUGCUUAGUUACAUUGUUUUAGGUACCAAAGAAAUCUCAGGCCGUUAAAGAUUUGACGACGAUGGCUUUAGAAUCUAAGCUUCCAAUCCCGGGAGAGGCUGGAUUUCCAUUUGCUGGUCUUUUCAAACCCCCCAAUGGCCCGCAAGAAGAAGGUGGGUGUAUAGAAAAUUACGUUGACAUUUGUGUAACCAAUUUGUAUUUCACGUUUAUUUGCAGAAGUCAUGAGAGCAUACCUACAACAACUCAGACAAGAAUUAGGAGCGCGACUGGUAGAACUGGUCUAUCAAAACCCUGAUCAGCCUUCAAAAGUAAGACGAUUUCAAAUAACCGUCCAUGUUUUAUAGUGGUGGCUAUGUUUCGCCCGCAGGCGCUUCAUGGAUAAAAGUCUAAGCAAGAACUUCUGA